AUGGAUCCUCUGCUUUCAGAUCAACAUAGAUCUAAACGAACUAGUAUCAUUAAGGUUUUUAUUUCAUUAAUUUUUGGAUUUUCAGUAGCUGCAAUUGCUAUUCUACUCUAUGGUUAUUCAUCAUAAAUAAAAUAGGCAAAUAAUCUUGCUUCUUUUAUUGAAAUAGCAAAGCCAGGUGAAGUCAUUUUAUUUGAAGAUCCAGAAUUCAAAAAUAGAUAUGUUAAGCUAAAAGCAGGAUUUAAGGGAAAUUUAGAUACUCUUUCACCUAAUUUUGAUAAAUUAUUGAGCUCUGUAUAAAUCGGUAAAGGCCUUAGAGUAAGGUUCAGCAAAUUCAAAAACGGUGUAUGGUGGGGAUGGAGUGAUAACUUUGAAGUCCUUGGACCUUAUAAUGAGCCAUAUUUUGUACCUUUUGAUACUGUAAGCUACAUUGAAGUUUAUUCUUAUGAUGAAAAAAAAGAACCAAGAGUGACUCUCAUUGGAGGUUAUUUAAAAUAGUUUGACAGAUCUGGAACAUUCUUACCUGGAAAAUAUUUCACUUAAGAUCUUUAAUAUAACGGAAUCGACAAACCAAGAAAUAAAGGAGGUGCCUCUGGCAUUAUUGUUCCUGCUAAUAUGGCAAUCUAAGUAUUUUAAAAUGACUAUUUUGAAGGAGAAUCUAUUACAUUCAAUGGACCUGACUAGAUAGAUCUAUUGACUUAUGAAAAUGCAAAAUGGAAUGAUUAAAUUGGAAGUAUAAUAGUUUUUGGAUAAGAAACUGUUUAAUUAGUAGGAUUUUGGGAUAAAGUACUAUCAUCUAAUGAUGAAAUAACUACAAGUAUUGAGCAAACUUCUGGUAUUGACAAAUCAAAGUCUAAUGAAAAUGAAAUAAGCACCUCUUUGACAUCAGGGUUUGAGUUUGGUAGCGAUGUUUUAGGCUAUAAGGCUUCUGUUAGUGCUACUGUAGGUACAUCAGUUAAAGAUACUAUUUCUUAAACUUUGAGUAGCACUAAAACUCGUAGAAUUGAAGUUAAAUGUUCUAACCCGGAUUAAGUAAAAAUGACUCUUUGGCAAUGGAGCAUGACUGGAAAGAAAAAUGGAGAGCUAGUUAUGGAAUUAACUGAUAAUGAAUUCAUAUGCAAGAAAGGAAGUAAACCUCCUAAAUGUCCUGUUGGAUUUUGCAAUAAUAAUGAUCCAUAAUGUGAAACUUGCAUCCCAGGAACAUUCAAUUGA